CGCAGAGCUUGCAUGAUGAAUCAUAACGUGUAGAAUCUCUCCGAGAUCAUGACCGUGUCUGACAAGAGACCGGUCCAAACUCGAUCGAGUACGACCCGAGUUGGCCUCUCCUUGCCUUCUCUGAGCCUUUAAAUACGGCCGGGAGCCAUCGAUUGCCCUGCACCAAAUCGAUCAAGCUUACGAUCGAGAUCUAACGUUUCGAGCUAUUAGACGCCCUUGACCCGACCUAGCGUUUCGACGAGAGAUCCAGCCAGGGACAAUGGCGGCGACCACGGCGGACGAAAAGAAAGCUGACGAGGUCGUGGGCAAGAUGAUCACGCUGAUCAGCUCCGACGGCGAGGAGUUCGAGAUCGCGCAGGAGGCGGCGGCCAUGUCCCAGACCGUCAACCACAUGAUCGAGGACAACUGCGUCGACGACAAGGGCGUCAAGCUCCCCAACGUCACCUCCGGCAUACUCUCCAAGAUCAUCGAGUACUGUAACAAGCACGUCGCCGCCUCCGGCGAUAGCGCCAGCGAGCAGGACCUCAAGACCUUUGACGUCGCCUUCAUCGGCGAAUUGGAUCAGGCCACUCUGUACGACAUCAUCCUCGCCGCCAACUUUCUGGAGAUCAAGGGCCUCCUCGACCUCAGCUGCCAGAGGGUGGCUGACAUGAUCAAGGGCAAGUCACCAGAGGAAAUCCGCCAGACGUUCAACAUCAAGAAUGACUUCACGCCGGAGGAGGAGGCAGAGAUCCGCAGGGAGAACCAGUGGGCAUUUGAGUAGAUCGAUCACCUAGCUGGGGCACCGCUUUGCUCUUUAUAUAUAAGUAGCUACUUAAGUUGUUUACUAUUUCAUCACUUUUCUUGUUUAAUUACUUAUGAG